UGCAGGUGUGGACGCGGCUCCGCACUGCAUCACCAAGAGCAACAGGUCAAAACCAACGGCUUGUGAGCUGCAUGUCUGAGGGAGAGACGUGGAGGGAGAGAGGGGGUGUGUUUGUUUAUUAGCUCUACCUGUCCCUGCCCGGUAGGCGGUGAUAACGCGCGCGUGUCCCUGUGUGUUUCGGUGUGUGCGUACGUGCGUGUGAUGGGGGGCGGAGCCGCUCGGACAUGAGUAAAUGACGUCAGCUCCCAGGUCGCCGAGCAGUGAAACAAACAUGGCGACAGAAUGGAGCGGGCAGCAAGGUUAUGUUCUCACUGUCAUCAUCUGCCUGUGGAGCGCGGUCGGCGGGAGGACGGAGACGGCGGUCGGGGCGGCGGCGGCAGUAGCGGGGUCCGGCAGCAGGGGCAGCGGCCGCGGCGGGAGCCAGGUGCUCGGCAUGCGGCUGGAGAGGAGCGACAAGCCCGCCAGCACCAAUGACGACGGUGUCAUCCAGGUGACGGAGGAGAGCUCCAUGCAGCUCCGGUUUUACGGGGUGCAGCUCCACUCGGACGCCUGGAAGCAGGUCCGCUUCACGGAGAUCCCGGACGGAGGCGGCGGCGGUGUGGACGAAGAGGAGGAUGGGGAGGGGGCGGUCGCGGCGGCGGCGAGGAGCGGCAGCGGCAUGAUGGACGCUCCGGACAGGACUUGUGCUGACUUCACGAAGGACAUCAGCAUCGGGACCUACAUGAACGUCAGCAGUCAGGGCACGUCGGGGCUGAUCUCCUUCCAGAUCAAGCCGCUCCGCAAGAGCGAGCCGAAGAAGGAGUACGCGCUGUGCACGAGGAUGAGCGAGGUUGGGAGCAGCUGGCUGCUGAUGGGGGACAGUGACGGCAGGUUGCUGGUGGUGGAGGAGAAGAAGUCCCUGCUGCCCAUGUGGCUGCAGUGCAUCCUCAUCUCCUGCCUGCUGAUGCUCUCGGGCAUGUUCAGCGGCUUGAACCUUGGGCUGAUGGCGCUUGACCCCAUGGAGCUGCGCAUCGUCCAGAGCUGCGGCACCGAAAAGGAGAAGAAUGACGCACGGAAAAUCGAGCCCAUCCGCCGCAAAGGGAACUAUCUUCUGUGCUCUCUGCUGCUGGGGAACGUCCUGGUCAACACCACCCUAACCAUCCUGCUUGACGGCCUGAUCGGAUCAGGUCUGGGCGCGGUGGUCGCGUCCACCGUUGGGAUCGUCAUCUUCGGGGAGAUCGUUCCCCAGGCGCUGUGCUCCCGCCACGGACUGGCCGUGGGCGCCAACACCAUCCUGCUGACCAAGUUCUUCAUGCUCCUCACCUUCCCGGUGUCCUUCCCCGUCAGCAAGCUGCUGGACGUGCUGCUGGGCCAGGAGAUCGGCACCGUGUACAACCGGGAGAAGCUGGUGGAAAUGCUGAAAGUGACGGAGCCCUACAACGACCUGGUCAAAGAGGAGAUGAACAUGAUCCAGGGCGCUCUGGAGCUCCGGAACAAAACCGUGGAGGACGUGAUGACGCCGAUAGGGAACUGCUAUAUGAUCCAGGCGGACGCGGUGCUGGAUUUCAACACCAUGUCGGAGAUCAUGGAGAGCGGAUACACCCGUAUACCCGUGUACGAUGACGAGAGGUCCAACAUCGUGGACAUCCUGUACGUGAAGGACCUGGCGUUUGUGGACCCGGACGACUGCACCACCCUGAAGACCAUCACCAAGUUCUACAACCACCCCGUGCACUUUGUGUUCCAUGACACCAGGCUGGACGCCAUGCUGGAAGAGUUCAAGAAAGGUAAAUCCCACUUGGCCAUCGUCCAGAAAGUGAACAACGAGGGGGAGGGAGAUCCCUUCUACGAGGUGCUGGGAUUGGUCACCUUGGAGGACGUCAUCGAGGAGAUCAUCAAGUCAGAGAUCCUGGAUGAAUCUGACCUGUACACUGAUAACAGAAACAAGAAAAGGGUGGAUCCCAACAAAUGCAAACGCGACUUUUCCGCUUUCAAGCACGAUGCAGACAGUAAGGUGAAGAUCUCUCCCCAGCUCAUGUUGGCAGCUCAUCGUUUCCUGGCCACAGAGGUGAGCCUGUUCAGCCCGUUCCUGAUCACAGAAAAAGUCUUACUGAGGAUCCUCAGACACCCGGACGUCAUCCAGGAACUCAAGUUCAACGAAAAUGACAAACGCUCGCCGCAGCACUUCCUGUACCAGAGGGGUAAACCUGUCGACUACUUCACACUCAUUCUGCAGGGGCGGGUCGAGGUGGAAGCUGGAACCGAAAACAUGAAGUUUGAAACUGGGCCGUUCUCCUAUUAUGGAGUCAUGGCUCUAAGUACACCAACAUUGGCUGUCACCCCUCCUCUCUCCCCAUCAGUGGCGUCUCCCCCUCCACGACGCCUAUCACUUAAGAGGUUUUCUCUGUUCUCUCGUUUCCCAGAGUUUCGAUCUCCAUCGCACGGGGGCAACCUCAACCGCUCGGCGUCACUGAGCUGCACUGAGCGCGCUCCAGAAAGUGGCUCCAUCGGUGGGAGCAACACCCAGAUCCCAGGCACCCCCUUCCAGUACAUCCCGGACUUCUGCGUGCGUGCUCUCACUGACCUGCAGUUCGUCAAGAUCACUCGUGCUCACUACCAGAAUGGUCUCCUGGCAUCCAGGCUGGACAGCACGCCGCAGUCUCCAGAGCGCAGUCACACUCGUCUGGACACGUCCAUCUCUUUGCUCCCCAUCACACCACCGGGGACACGCACACCACUGCCACUGGCCACACCUCCUGUAAAGCGGCCAUCCACAACCAAGCAGCCGACACCACCGGGCAGCCGCACCGGUCUGCCUCAGACCACCACGUCCUCCUCUUCUAGCCGCAGGCCAAGCCAGGCUCUGCCCCAAGCCUCUCCCCCUCAGAUCAACCACACCUCCCUCUCCCAAACCCACCUGUCCUCCGUUGGUACGGCACCGUUUACCCUCAACCCCCACCCUAAUCUGCCCUCCAAGCCCCAGCAGUCGCCGCCCUCUGCUGGAUCAGAGAACAGGCCGGGAGAGACCACCACUCUGCUCAGCGAGCAGCAGAACUGUGUGGGCCCCCGUAGGCCAAGCCAUACCCAGGCACACCCCCACCCACACGUUCACACCAUCAGUCACGCACAGACUGAAAGCACCAUCUAACUGAGCUCCCCUCGGGGAAACCAAACUACCUGUGCACUCACAUGACACACAUUGGCACUACUACUUGUUCCUGUUUGCUUGUUGUUGCCUGAACUUUUCUGUAGACGUCAGAGGGAAGCUGAGGAUCAUCAUGUGUAUUUUGUAAACAGAGAUCUUCCUUUAUCCCCUCUUGCAUGCCGACCCAUCCCAAUACUGAAAAACACCAAGAACAGAGAACAAAGAGGGUAGAGGAACAGGGAACGCUAGUGAGUUAGAAAUGUGCAAGCUGCGUGUGCGUUGAAAGCAGCACAAACCAUUUCCAUUGUGCUAUAUUGUAGUUUGAGUUGAUUUCUCAAACCCUGAGCUCACAAAACUGGAGCUGCAGUGAUUAAUCAAUUGUUUUAAUCACUGCAAUCUUCAAUUUUGAGAAUCUGAAGUUGUGCGUCUUUUCUCCUUGCAACAGAGGAAGCUAAAUAUUUACAUGAAGGCCAUUUCUAGAUAUUGUUCACAUUAUGCUAAACAUUUUUAAUUUCCAGUUUAGAUCAGUGUUACUCAAUGAUCUUCACUUUAUGUUAUAUGUAAUAAGUCCAGCUCAUUUCUUCCUCUAUGUUUAAAAAAUAACCAAACAAAUAUUUUAUAAUUCCAUUUAUUUAAAUUCCAUUUCUGCUCACAGAGAAGUUUAAUGCACUCUGUGUAUUCCAGCUGAAUCAGUUGCAGGGCAGAAAAACAUUUAUUUGGCUUCAUUAUUUAUGCUCAUUUUGUUUUCUGGUGAGUUAUCCACCAGUGCACCAGGGGGGGCUGCUCCCUCUAGCUUACGUCAACACAAAAUUGCAAAUAUUUGCGGUUUCCAGCCUCUCAAAAGGAUUUUAAUAUCUUUGCGUUGUGAGCUCUGGGGAAAUUAUAAAAGGUAAAACACAUAAUUGAUGAUCCUUGUUUGCAGCCCCACAGUUUGUAGAUCUCAAAGUGUUUUUCUGUAAUUGGUGUGAAGAGACCCUUUGAGUCAUCACCAGUAAGACACUAAGAGAAAACAUACAUUUCCACAUGGUAUGUCAAGAUCAAGGCUGAUACCUCAACCUUGCUAUAUAAUUUACUGUUCAGAGAUGUUUGUCUCUAAAUUUCUUCUAAUUUUUCCAAAGAGUGAAACUUCCACAAAGCUGUGAUGUUGACAGUGAAGGUUUUUUUUUUGUCAGUACGGUGGAUUUUUUUAUAGAUCGCCUGUUUGACUGAGAAUGUUCUGUGGAGUUGAGCCUGCGUUUGCUAGGCAGAGCCGUUACAACCUGGUGAAAGACUAGUGCUGUGAAGGUGGGUGCGUUUCUGGCACACCUCCCAACAAUGGCAAUAUGUUUUUAAAUUGUUUUAUUUAAGAUAUUUAUUUUUGCUGAAUAUUUAUUUAUAUGUAUUUGACAUUCAAUUUGUUAUUUCAUAUUACAGUUUAUAUUUGAUUUAUUUAAUUGCCUUUUCUGGUUCAUGGAAACACUUCAGACUAAACAACAAACAUAGUGCACACAGAAUAUGACAAUAACUGCACAGACUUUUCAGUAUGAUCGUUAUCCACUAAACAUCUCCGCUAAAUAUUCCUCACUGUGAAUAGAGCCUGGUCCGACAGCAACUCCUGCUCAGAGCUUCAAAGGUCACCAUGUGAACGACUCAACAAACUGGACGUCUGCUGCGUUACUGUGCAUUUCGUGUGUGUCACAACUUUUGGCUGUAUAUAUGAUGGAUUUCUGAGCACCCAGAUUGGGUUGAAGAAAAGGGGACACGUGACUUGAAGACCAAAUAACCCGUUAGUUUAAUGCCCACAGUUGUGAGUGGAAAGUAUGUUCACAGCACAGUUGGAUGGCUUCUCAGUUCAAUGCCAUCGGUCAUGCAAGUUUAAUGAGGACAUCUCUACAUUCUCUCUCCACAAGACUUCUUUAUUGUGAUGUCAGAUAACAAACUGUAACCAAGACCCCACAUCACUCAUGUUCUCAGUUUCUCUGGACUGUUUGAAUCCUAAGGAAGGCUGUAGCUGUGAGUCAAACAUUUUGUUUACUAGUUUUUGGUCUGUUCAGUUUUAUUUUCUAAUGGAUUUUCAAUUAUCGAUAAAUAGCUUUUUCAAGAAUAAUAAUUUUUAAAAAACUGUUUUUUGCUUUCUUUGUUGAGAGCUGGAUGAGAAAAUGUGUGUUACUCACACAUCUGUAUGAUGUUCCAUGAGCUUGGCAUAGAGACUAGAAACAGUAGGAAAUGGCCUGUUUCCAUCACAAAGGUCAGGAUAAUUCAUACAGCACAUCGUAGGCUCACUAUUCCACAUGUUGUAACGGUGCUUGAUGUUUAUGCUGUUGCUACAUAGAUGUUAACAUUAACAGAUGUUACAGCCUUAUUUAGCAGAAACUGUGAUUUAAGCAUCAAAUUUCCUUAUUUCACUUGCCCAGAGCAGCCUACUUCUAACAAAUAUUAGCUUUUACUAAAGUUAGCAUGUUAACCAGCAUCAGAGAAGACUAACAAAUAGCACAAUUUAUUGUUUAAAAAAUCCCAAUGUUUUGGUUUUAUGGACAGUUAUGGGGAAUGGUGUGAUGGAACUAUUUCUUCUUCCAAAAAGAUAACCUUUUGAUACUUUACAAGGUAAAAUAGUGGACAUGUCCUGGCUCUAACUUCAUAUGUACUGAAACCCUGAGAGCCAAGAAAGCAAAGUAAACAGGUCUCAUAAUGUGUAAGCAAGCAUUCAAAUUUUCUUUGAGAAAGUUAGAAACGCGUAUAGUCACCAUAACCACCGAUUUCCUUUUCUGAACUCACUGAAUGCUAGUGGAUACAAUGGGUGUAAAAUAGUUGCUAAUGUUUGAAACUUUCCAGACAAAGUCAAAUCGGAGAUGUCGAGAAUAAUACAUAUAGCAGGAUAAAUGGCUUGUUGUCAGAGGGUUCAAUCCCCUAUAAAACGAAUAUCUAAAGCUCAUUCAUAAGAAAACGUAAUCUUUAUAACUUGUGAACAAAACGACAUGUUGUCCACUGGUGGUUAUGGGCCACUGCCCUUUGGCGUAACUGAUUUUGUGAAAAAAACAUACACAACUUGUUGUUUUUACCCGACAAAUUAAACACAAAGAUAUAAAGUGAGUGAGCUUUUGAAAAGCCAUGUGGCCCAUGGACAGAUAUGAGAGUGGCAUCGAUCAUCUCACCUAACUCUCAACAAGAAAGCAGGGAAGCACAUGUGUUUAUUCACCUUGAGCAGAGUCCAAGGUUAAGGGUUGAGUCUUGAGAACACUCACAGCACAAGAACAGCAAACAUUCCACAGCGUGUCUGAUUCACACCAGUGAUGUUAACCAUGUCUCUACUGGGGAACAGGUUUAGUCUGCAAACCCACUGUGUUGACAGCAUUUUUCACAAUUUCCACAAUGUGUCUGUGUGUGUUUGCAUCAUUACAUUCCAAACAAGGGAUUAUUUAACAUACAUGGGACAUAACACAUUGUGAAUACUUUUUAAUUUGUGUGUAAAUGAUAUUGCACCUAUUCAACCUGUGUUUGGUUGUGUUCCGGUGGACUGAUGGUGCCGACAUGAAGAGAUUAACGCGAGGACGUCUGAAGCCGCUCGCUCGUCACUCUCUUGUACGGGUGAAGGGCUGAGCUGAGAUGUUUAAGCUGCGAGCAUGUAAUCUACCUAUAUUUUUCCUAUGAAUGCAGUGACACUGAAACAACUAUUUAAGCGACUGUAAAGAAACUAUUUUGUUGAUGAUAUAGUGGGGGAUAUUUGAAAAGAUGCAAAUGGACAAACCUGAUGUAUAAGCUAGCACUGAUUUGAAACACUUUAAACCUGUUGGUUAUGUAGUAUAAGUCUGAAAAAAAAAGAAGACUAAAUUCCAAAGCAUUUCUUUUUUUUCGUUCUGCGGGAUGGUUUGUGGAGUGAGGUGGUCAAGGCCGGAUUACCAACUGGGUAAAAUCAGGCUGUUAUAUUUCUAAUUAUAUAUUAGAGUACAGAUUGUGUAUAUGUACCAUUGAACCCCCAUAUAACAAAGGGCACAAAGGUUAUUUUGUUAGUGUAAGAUUUUAUCUCAAAAAGGAUCUCACUGUGCCGACGUUACAUAUUGUUAAACUGAUUAGAGCUUUAUGGAGCAAACCUGGAACUAGGCUGUGUCCCAGCAUACCACAGAAUUCCACAUACAGUACAUAGGAAUGGGGGGAAAUGAUGGAGGCCCAGCAGCUCAUUUUUACCACUGGGGCCCCCCCUCCCCAGGUAAAUCCGGCCAUGGAGAAGAUUGUGUACACCAUAGAUCUUAUUGCAAAUACACAGUCGAAAUAGCCUUACCGUGUAUUUCUGGAAAAUAUAGACCUGCCUGCUGGUUCAUAUAGGUCAUGUGUAGCAAUUGGUACUGUGUUGGUUUCCAGUGAAGCCACUGGUUGGCUGUGGGAAAUGUGAAAUCAGUUGUUAGUAAUUUAUUGUUAGCGUUUUAUUUAUUCUUUUUUUUUCUUUUUUGUUAGAGAUGCACACCGGAGGGUGUGGAUCUGUGAAACGGGCUUCCAGCUGUUCCUCACAGCUUUUAUUGGGUCACUUUACCCUGAAACACUGUGUUAAGUUCUCUGAAUGCUCUUUGUGUUAUAUUUCUGUAAAUACUCUGUACAUGGGCAUUUGUAUGAUGCUGAGAGAGAUGUUGAAAAUAGCUCUAUUUAUAAUAAGAGGUGAUGUUAUUUUAAGUUUUAUUCCUGUUGUUUUACUAGGAAGGCAUUACAUAGCAAUAAACGUUGCACAGAGUUGA